AUGCUCGAAAGAAGAUACCCGAACCUGAAAAAACACCGCAAAACUAAAAAGGGGAAGCUGUGUCCCAAGUCAACCGAAAAGUACUCGGAUAUGGAAAUUCUGAGUGAAGAAAAUUUAAACUGCAAAGUAUAUUUAAUGGAAUACAAGAUGCUAAAUAAUGUAGAAAAAGAGAACAUUAUCAUGUUACUCAAACAAACUUUUAAGAAUAGGAGAGAGUGGUUUUUAAAGAAGUCGCCGGCUAUCACAGAAAUUCACGACAAGUACCCUAGACUUUUUGAUUAUAACGGUGAAAUGAUAUCAAGGAACAUAAAAUUUUGUAUCAGGAGGGAUGCUUGGCAUGUUACAAUGGUUCGACCAUGGAUAGGAUGCCUAUCUGUUGUUCUUCUGACUUCCGCAAUCGUUUACUUGUAUCUUAUGAUAAAUGGUAUGAUCAAAGUUCCCACUGCCAUAGAUUCUACUAAAUAUUUUAAAAUUUCGGGAUUCAAAGAUAAAACUAAAACAAAAUCACUUCCUACCUUCGAAUCGAGUUUUAAUACAACUUAUGUGAGAGAGAAAUGUGAACCAGUACACGUUGCGAUGGUAUGCGCCGGAUUUAAUUCCACCUUUAGUCUGGUGACGGCUGUGAAGUCGAUUCUAUUUUAUCGCACUACGCCGCUGCAUUUUCAUUUGGUUGUAGACGAAAUUUCUAUGAGGUCAUUGGUGAUGUUGUUUCAGACAUGGGAUUUACCAAAUGUGAACGUCUCAUACUAUAAAGCCGAGGAUUGGAUUCCACGAGUCUCAUGGAUUCCGAAUAAACACUACUCCGGCGUAUAUGGUCUUCUGAAGCUGAUCCUCCCCGAUAUUUGUCAAGUGCCAAAAAUCUUAGUUAUUGAUACGGACGUGACUUUUCUCAACGAUGUGGUGCUUCUAUGGCAGUCGUUCAAUUACUUCAACGAGGAUCAGCUCCUUGGUUUAGUCGAAAACCAGAGCCAAUGGUAUUUAAAGACGCUUCCAUAUGAACAACGUUCUUGGCCUGCGUUGGAUAAAGGAUUUAAUACUGGGAUUGUGGUUAUGAAUUUGAAGCGUCUACGAGAAAGGAAUUUUGCACACUUGUGGGUAACAAUAGCGAAACGAGUGCUGGAAACUAUUUCCGAGACAAGCCUUGCUGAUCAGGAUAUCAUCAAUGCUGUAAUAAAGGAAUAUCCAUAUAUUGUCUACAGAAUUGAAUGUACUUGGAAUAUUCAAUUGAGUGACCACACUCUUAGCGAGUCUUGUUACUCAGAUGCCAAUCGCUUGAAUGUUAUCCACUGGAAUUCGCCGCGGAAACAAAAUGUUCAUAAUAAGCACAUCGAUGACUUUCGAAGGAUGCAUAACAUUUUCCUUGAGCUUGAUGGAAGACUACUUCGACGAAGUCUUUUUAAUUGUUAUAAAGCAGAAAUUUCACCAGUUAUACAUGGUCCUUCCCGAUACAUUUAUGAUCCAUCGACCUCAUGCGCCUAGUCGAGAUAUUGCCAAGUUCAGAACAAAUGCUCUCUAUCGAAGAUGUCUGAAAAAACUGAAAGAUACGUUUGUCGAAGAGUUGGUAGAAAAGUACGGAGCUAAUACCUUAAUGAAACUGAAAACUAUAAACAAACUAAAAAUUGUACCGAAAGC